AUGGCGGAAAAAGAGAAGAGCACAAAGGAAUCGCUCAGCGCCACGGCUGAAUUGCGAGCCCAAGUCGAGGAGGCGAUGAAGCAUGGCGCCGGAUUGGUUCGACAGACGAAUGGUCUUCCGAAACAGGGUGGCGAUUUCACGUUGUACAACUCGUUUCCCGAAUUCAAUUCGUGUAUGAGAAAGCAGGAGGAGCGAGUCAAUCGAUUAAUGGAUCGUCUUACAAAAUCGAUAGGUGUCGCGAUGAGGGUGCCGAGUGUCGGCGCUUCCACACAGGAAUACACUGAAUGCGUUAUUGAGGCUCAGGACAAUAUUGUCGAACGAGCGUCGACACUACUCGAAGUGCUUCGAAAAGCUGAUCGCGACGAGAUUGUGAAAGUGCCGGAAUUCAUUCUGAAAGCGGCGCCGACGAACAAUAAAGUCGAGAGUCAAUUGUCAUCGGCGAUUCGCACGUUUUCGGCCAACAUCGGCUCGCUUUUGGCGCAAAAAUUUCAGGAGCGAAAAGAGGAGGCCGCACAAAUGAUUGUCCACGAGAAGCCGCAGAAGACGUACGACAUCGUUGUCGAUAAUUCGGAAGCGCCGUUUAUAUCAAAGUUGAGGGAGAAGCACAACGCGAUUGAACGAAAACCGGGAAUUGUGAUUGUUGAUGAGGAUGAGUCGGGCAAACAAGAAUGGGCUGAUAAUACAGAUGACGUUGAAGUCGAACACCCGUAUUCGUUGGAGCUUUUGAAUUUCAAACCGCCUGCCAAUCAGCGCGCUUCGAAGGAACCGAUUAAAUUCAAACCGAUUAAAGACACACCGCUCACAAUGGUCGACACUUUGGAGAAAUUGGAAAUGUUGAGAGAAACGCUAAACGAGGUUAACGAGUUUGCGGUGGAUGUUGAGCACAACAGCGCUCGAUCUUAUCUGGGAUUGACGUGUUUGAUUCAAAUUUCCACGCGAAACGAGGAUUUUAUUGUUGAUCCGUUUCCGAUUUGGAAUGAGAUGCACAUAUUGAAUGAUCCAUUCACGAAUCCGAAAAUUUUGAAGAUAUUCCAUGGAUCCGAUAGUGACGUUUUGUGGCUUCAACGCGAUUUCGGCAUUCACAUUGUUAAUCUUUUCGACACCUAUGUUGCAAUGAAAAAACUCAAAUAUUUGAAAUUUAGUUUGGCUUAUCUGGUCUCGACAAUCGCUUCAGUUGUGCUUGACAAGCAGUAUCAGUUGGCGGAUUGGCGAGCUCGGCCCCUUCGACCAGCGAUGAUCAACUAUGCGAGAGAAGAUACGCAUUAUUUGCUGUAUUGCUACGAUGUUCUACGCGAGGACUUGUUGAAGGAAAAUUCGAAUUCGCUGGAAGCGGUUUACACGGAAUCGGCUCAAUUGUGCUCAAAGAUUUAUCACAAGCCGGUGUUCAAUCCGAAAGGAUUCAUGACGGAAAUCAAAUUUCGAUUCUCGCUCAACAGCCGUCAAGAGCACGCGAUGACGCGCCUUUAUUGUUGGCGAGAUCGUGUGGCUCGCGAGCAGGAUGAGAGUCCGCAAUACGUUUUGCCGAAUCAUAUGCUGCUCGCGUUGUCGGAAACGCUGCCGAACGAUGUCGGCGGAAUUUACGCAUGCUGCAAUCCGCUGCCGUAUUAUGUGAAAUUGCGAACCGGCGAUAUAUUCAAAAUCAUCGUUGAAGCUAGAGAUGUGAAGUUGGAGAAGAGGGCGCCGACGUCGAAGGAGAUUGAUGACGCUCAUGAAUCUCGAGGUGUUCUCAAUCAGACGAUGGAUUUGAUCACGGCGUUGUUGAGAUCGAAAAUCGAUUUCUCGCAUUCGGCGUUUGACGAGGAACGCGGUGAGAUUGAGGUUGACAAACGAGUUGAGAGCAGCGACGUCAUCAAGAAGAGCAUCAAAGAUUCGCUGUUGAAUGUGCUUCGACCCCCGCAAGCGAUCAAUAUUGAAGAUGAGAUUGUGGAGGUGGAAAUGGAGAAGAAAGCCUUCACGGACAAAUGCCAAUCGAUAUUGAAAACGCUGGAAGAAUGGGCGACGCCGUAUGAAUGCUAUACGAUCGCAAUGAAAGAAAAGGAGAAGAAAGAGGAAGAAGAACGACUUGAAGCUGAGCGACGAAAAGCUGAAGAAGCUGCAUCGAACGAGCCGAAGAAGUUCUUCUCGCAUAAUGAUCCGACAAUUUGCCGCAAGCCCGUGUUCGAUGACAAUAUCACGAAUGCUGAUGAAUUGAAGCUGAUAUCGGGAGGAAAUGAUUCAAAUGAAGAAGAGAAGAAUGAGGAAUUGCCAGUUUUUGACGAAUCGAGGUUUGAUGAAGCUCAACUGCUGUCGAAGAAGGCGCUGAGGAGAAAAUUGAAGCAGGCGAGACGGAAUGCUGACAUUUCGACGGUGCUCGGAGAGACGCCGUCGACGUCGACGCCUUCCGACGAACCGCGGAAGAAGCGGAACACGGUUGAUGGUGUUGAGGAGUUCAAUUAUGAAACGGAGGAUAUCUCGCAAUUUGAGAAGCCCGUGAAGGAUAAGAACGCCGAUUUUGAUCCGUUCCAUCAGAAAUUCCGAUUGAAGAACAAGGGAAAGAAGCAGAUGAUGAGGAAGUCGGCGAAUCGGCAAGGGACGAUCAAUUACAAAAAGCAAUGA